AUGAGCCUGCAGGCAAGCUCGUUUUCUAGUUUUAACCAGUCUUUUUCAAAUGUAUCGAUUGCAUACCCUGGCGGGUACAUGAUUUUUGGAUGCGAUCCUUUCAAAAAAUUACUCUCCAAUACUGAUGGAAGUUAUUCAAUAGUAAAGAUGUUCGAAUCGUCAUCUUUGCUUGUGGUAGUAGGCAGUGGUGUCCAACCAGCCUUUUCUCCUAGGCGAUUAAAGAUAAUGGAUAUUAAGCGAGGCAAAAUGAUUUGUGAGUUGACAUAUAUCACAUCGAUAAAAAAUAUAGAACUCAACCAAAACAAACUUAUAGUAUCCCUACAAAAUGAAAUUUACAUAUAUGAAGUUGAAGGGAUGAAACUGAUACAUGUUAUCAAAGGUAUAUUUAACCCUGAAGGUCUAAUCUCGAUAUCAUUUUCAUUUGAAAACAACUAUCUGGCAUAUUCCUCCUAUCCGUUGGCACAACACGAUCCAAACUUCAACGAUGGGACUGGAAGUUUGUAUAACACUGAGUCUGGUGCAGGUACUCCAUUGAGUCGAGAUGAUGAUGCCAAUACUUUCAAUGAUUCAGAGGAUGGGAGCGGAUCAGUAAUGACAAAUGAAACCGGGAACGUUGUACCCACAUCAAAUACUGAAGAAGCAGCAUUGAUAGGUGUUCAAACUCCAAGUAAUCGAAAGACAAAGAACAACGUGAAACAAAAAGGCGAUAUAACAAUUUUUAACCUGAAAACGUUACAACCUUCAAUGGUUGUAGAAGCACAUAAAUCUGAGAUAAGCGCUGUUUCGUUGAGUUCUGAUGGGACCUUGUUAACCACUGCUUCCAAGCAAGGCACAAUUAUAAAAGUAUUUAGGGUGUGUGAUGGUGUGAAUAUAUGUCAGUUUAGAAGGGGAACUUAUUCAGUCAGGGUUAAUGACAUACGGUUUAGUCAGGACAACGAAUACUUAACUGUUACUAGCUCCUCCAGUACCAUCCACAUAUUUCAGGUGAAAGUUGAGGAAAAGCCGGAACGUGGGGCGAAUGGUCCCGAAAUUGCGGGACAAGAAGAACGAGAUUUAAAUGUUGUGGAUUCGACAGGUGCCAAGAAGCACCAGAACCCGUGGUCAAUGAGCGACGUGUUUAAAAGCUCAUCGAAAGGGAUAACCAAAAGGGCAACGAAACAGAUCACCCAAAUGUUCCCCUUUGGCGAAUCGAACUCCACAGAAGAAUUAGAGCCCAGGCGUAAUAUAGCGUAUUGCAAAAUUCCAGGACACAAGUCACACCAUACGGCGAUAGCAUAUGUCGAACAGUUACAACAAGUGUCCCUAGAUGAUUAUCCUGAAUUGGCCCUGAGAAAGAACUUCACAGCUACGGAUAAGAACACCAUAGCGAUCAGGCCCUUAAAGGUCGUUACCUCGGAAGGAUUAUACUAUAGGUUUAUGUUCGCUCCUGAAAAGGGGGGUGAGUGCACCUUAGUAUCGCAGUACUCUCUAUUAGACAGCUGA